GGAUCGCAGGGCAAGGGUCCGAUCCACACUUCCAUCUAUCACGUGGCCUCGUCGUGCCGCUUUAAAUGAUCCAAAUGACACUGGUCGCGAUGGCAGUUCAAUUUGACAACAGUCCAGAGUGGUUGCUUCAGCCGCUGCGACCAACACUUCAGAGCCAUGCUUCCUUACUGCAGGUUGCCUGUGGCUGCCCUUCGGCGGGACCUGCUGAAGCAGCAAUUCCUCCUCAACACCGGCAGGACAGCCGCCGCACUGCGGUACAGGAACAUCUCCAGCUGGAGUGAUUCUGAAACUCACACUCCGAGUCAUCAUGAAAUUCGAAGAUCUUUGGCCCAUGCCGUUGAGCGCAGGAGACGAGGCACUGGUUUUGCCGACCGGAGUCAAUUGAAGCAAGCAAGGAGAAUCGUCGUGAAACUCGGUAGUGCUGUCAUAACCAGAGAAGACGAGUGCGGCCUCGCGCUUGGCAGACUUGCCUCUAUUGUAGAACAGGUCGCAGAGUGUCAAAUAGAAGGUCGCGAAUGCCUAAUGGUGACCAGUGGUGCUGUUGCUUUUGGAAAGCAAAAACUCACCCAAGAGCUGCUCAUGUCCCUCAGCAUGAGAGAGACUUUAUCGCCCAAGGACCACACCAGAGACGUGAGCAAAUACUUUCGACACGUGGGGGAGGCCGACACAUUGGUGGAACCACGUGCUGCAGCUGCUGUUGGUCAGUCCGGACUCAUGUCACUGUACGAUGCAAUGUUUGCUCAGUAUGGUGUCAAAUUGGCCCAAAUUUUGGUUACGACCUCUGAUUUCCGCAACGAAGAAACGCGCCGAAACUUAUUCAGCACACUUUCCGAGCUCAUCAGUCUUAAUAUAGUGCCGAUUAUAAAUACUAAUGAUGCAGUAACGCCUCCGCCAAAAGACGACGAGGAUCCUCACGCUAGCAAACGUCAGGUGAUUCGUAUAAAAGACAAUGACAGCUUAGCUGCAAGACUGGCUGCAGAAGUGCAGGCCGACUUGUUGAUUCUGAUGUCAGACGUCGACGGCAUUUACACGUGCCCUCCAAGUCAAGAAGGGGCAAGACUCAUCAGGACUUACACUCCUGACAUGUCCGGCCACAUCGAGUUUGGGGGCAUAAAAUCUAAAGUCGGAACUGGAGGAAUGGACUCAAAGGUCGAAGCUGCAACUUGGGCUCUUGAUCACGGAGUCUCGGUUGUGAUUUGCAACGGAAUGGAGGACAAUGCAAUCAAAACUAUUUUAGAUGGCAGAAAAAUUGGCACAUUCUUCACAGAGGAAAAGAGCCACCAUCUUCCAGUCGAACAUCUUGCUGAGAAUGCCAGAAUUGGUGGUCGUCAGUUGUUAGCUUUGACACCCGACGAGCGUGCUGGAGUAAUCAAAACAUUAGCUGAUCUCCUUAUCUCAAAGCAGAAAGUUGUUCUGGAAGCAAACUCGGCAGACAUUUCCGAAGCCCACAGAAGAGGCACCGCCAAACCUUUGGUUGACAGACUUUCGCUGACACCAUCAAAACUAAAAAAUCUCAGCACAGGUUUGUAUCAAAUUGCUGAUGCGAGCCAUACCAAUGUCGGAAGAAUCCUUAAAAAAACUAAAAUUGCUGAUAAUCUGGAGUUGAGACAGAUUUCCGUUCCAAUUGGUGUGUUGCUGGUCAUAUUUGAAUCUCGACCAGACUGUCUUCCUCAAGUGGCCGCACUUGCAAUGAGCUCGGCAAAUGGACUACUGCUGAAAGGUGGAAAAGAAGCGUCCCACUCCAACAAGGCUUUGAUGAAUUUGGUCAGCGAAGCUCUCGACUCCGUGGGCGCUUCUAAAGCUGUCAGCUUGAUUUCAACACGCGACGAGAUUAGUGAGCUGCUUGCAAUGGAGAAACACAUCGAUCUGAUUAUUCCUAGGGGUUCCAAUGAACUGGUCAGAUCUAUUCAAGAGCAGAGCCAAAAUAUUCCAGUUCUUGGACACGCUGAAGGUGUUUGCCAUGUUUAUGUGGACAAGCAUGCAGACCUUGCGAAAGCUUUGAAAAUUGUACGUGACUCUAAGUGUGACUACCCUGCUGCGUGCAAUGCAAUGGAAACUUUGCUUCUCCACGAAGAUCUGGUUAAAAAUAGUUCAUUCUUCUUAGACAUUUGCAAUAUGCUCCGCCGAGAGGGCGUGACGGUGCAUGCAGGCCCGACUCUAUCGAAAAUGUUAACUUUUGGGCCAUCACCAGCAAAGUCCAUGAAGAUAGAGUAUGGUUCUUUAGAGUGUUCCAUUGAAUGUGUCACAGACGCCGAGGCAGCUGUGGAACAUAUACUGCAGUAUGGCAGUGGGCACACGGACGUAAUUGUGACCGAGGAUGAGACAACGGCUAAGACUUUUAUGAACAAAGUUGACAGUGCGUGCGUUUUCCACAAUGCCAGCUCGCGUUUUGCUGAUGGCUACAGAUUUGGUCUUGGAGCCGAGGUUGGCAUCAGCACGGCAAGAAUCCAUGCACGUGGCCCAGUGGGUGUUGAGGGACUAAUGACGACCAAAUGGGAAUUAGUGGGCAAUGGACAUGUCGUGUCAGAUUUUGUUGAAGGAGGGCCAUGCCAGUAUAUUCACCAAAAUAUUCCCGUUUGAAUUUAUAUAACGUACUGAUCCAUUCAUUGUAAACAUUAACUUAAGCUACUAAUUUUAAAAUUAAAUUAAUUGAAAUACAAUAUUUCCGUAUUUUUC